GCCAGAACGGCAAAUCUUUCUUUCAUAUUCUCUGUUUUUGUAGUAACAAGCAGCCUUCCCCCUUCAUUCACCCCUCCUCUUCUUUCCUUUUCUCAACUGUCUUUCUCCAUUUCUUCCAUCAAUUUCGCCUUUCUUCUUCUUCUUCUUCUUCUUCUUCUUCUUCUUCUUCUUCUUCUUCUUCUGCUUCCAUCCCACCACACACCCACUAUCAUACAACAAUCCAAAGGGCCCUCUUUCCCUUUUGGCUCUCUUCUUUCACUAAUGCCUUGUUUUCUGUCUCAUCCAUCGCUUCCCCUUCUGCUGCUUUUCCAUUGCAAUCCCUGACUUGGGUCUUGAUUUUGAACUGGAUCUUUCUUUUCAAUCUGGAUUUCCCGGUACCGACAUUUCGUUUUGACUUUGCCGCGCUUUGCGGAGUUCGGUUUCAUUUAUUUUUCUUUUCUGGGUUGGGAUUGAUUUCUACGCAUUCUUAACCAGAUAUCGAACUUCGCGAUGUUGACCUUCAGAGUUUGGGUUUGAAGUAUUAUGGAAGCGGUGGUUACGCCCAUUCAAAAUGAAUCUUUACAUUGGUCGCGAAGCGUCGAAGCUAUGGAAAAGAUUCUGCGCAGAGAUUAGUACGGAGAUCAGCCUUCUCAUCGACAACUGGAAGUACCUUCUUGGUGGACUUAUUUUUCAGUACAUACAUGGAGUUGCUGCUCGGGGAGUUCACUACAUACAUCGUCCCGGUCCAAUUCUUCAGGAUGUUGGUUUUUUCCUUCUCCCUGAGUUAGGACAAGACAAAGCUUACCUCAGUGAGACUCUUUUCACAUUCAUAUUUUUAUCCUUUGUUGCGUGGUCUUUCCACCCUUUUAUUCUCAAGAGCAAAAAGAUCUAUACAGUUCUCUUGUGGUGCAGGGUUCUAGCAUUUUUAGUUGGUUGUCAAAUUCUUCGUAUCUUAACAUUUUAUUCUACACAGCUGCCCGGUCCAAACUAUCACUGUCGUGAGGGUUCAAGACUUGCCACAUUGCCUCCUCCGGAUAAUGCCUAUGAAGUUGUAUUCAUGAACUUUAGGGGGGUAUUAUACGGUUGUGGUGAUUUGAUUUUUUCAUCACACAUGAUCUUCACUCUUGUUUUUGUGCGGAGUUAUCAGAAAUAUGGCACACAAAGGUUUAUGAAGCAAUUGGCAUGGUUGCUUGCUCUGACACAGAGUUUGUUGAUUAUAGCAUCCCGCAAACAUUACACCGUAGAUGUUGUGGUUGCAUGGUAUACUGUUAACUUGGUGGUGUUUUUUGUGGACAAGAAACUACCAGAGUUGCCUGAUCGUACCAAUGGGACUGCACUAUUACCAUUGAGCUCCAAAGAGAGAGAUACCAAGACCCGAGAUGAGAGUCACAAGCUCUUGAAUGGGAAUUCCGUAGACCCCACUGAUAGGAGGCAGAGGACUCAAGUAAAUGGCAAGACUCCUGAAGAUGGGAACGGUGUCCUCCAUGUUAAUACCACGAUGAAUGGGGCGUAGCACAAACAACACAGAACUGCUUGCGGAGGAUUGUUUAUUUCUUACAAUGUAGACUAAUGGCUUUCCUUGCCUGUGGUUGCCUCCUUUUCCCAAGACUGGUAAAAUCUGUUAUUUAUCCUAUCUUCAUGGGAAAUGCCGUAUUUAGAUUUACUUUCUGUUUAUUUUUUUUCUGAAAAUUGCCACUUGCAUUUGGCAAUUUUUUAGGCAGGAAGUAAGAGGACCGGAUCCUUCUUCUUUUCUCUUAGUUGGAUCAAGGAACUAACGUCAUCUAAUGUAGUAGUUCAUUGGUUUAGAUUAUUUUGAAUUUCACUUAGUUUAUUGUAAAAAAAUUUAAUGAUCAAGUCAUCAAGGUCGACACUGUUAUAAAUUACUGAAAGUUUUACU